UUUGAGCGAAUUAGCUCCACUACCCACACGAUAUCUACGGUUCUCUUUCAAUGUUACAAGACCGGCCUUCCAGUUAAAAUGAAUACGCUUACGGCCAUCCUGGUCGCACUUCCGCUUUUGGCUGUGCCAAUUCCGUUCCUCUACGCACGCUCUCUGCCAGCCCUUAAAAAACAGGAACUUUUGUACAAACUCUUCUGCUCCCCACUGGGAUAUUACAUGACGUUAUUUGCACGAGAUCCCGAUGCAGUGCCACAUAGACAGGUGCGGAGUGUCAAUAAAAAGGAUGGACAGGUCAAAGUGGUGCCUGUGCCCUAUGGAGAAGACAAUUAUGGGUAUAUAAUUGUCAACGAUGCAGUCGCGGUGGUAGUAGAUCCUGGAGAUGCCCACAGGAUUCAGCAAGUGCUUCAAGCGGAAGCGCCAAACGUCCAGUUACAUGCUAUCCUCGUCACUCAUAAGCAUUGGGAUCACACUGCAGGAACCGCCAGCCUAAAGGCCAAACACAAGAAUGUAAAAGUUUAUGGAAGCACAAUAGACUUUUCAGACUCUUGGGUAAAUUGGUGGUGGAAAGUGGAUCAUUUUGUGAACGAUGGUGAGACCAUUGUGGUGGGCGAUAUGCGAUUCCGUGUGAUUGCUACACCAUGUCAUACAAGGGGCAGCGUCAUGUAUUUAUUAGAACCAAGCCCUGGUGAUACGGCGGGUCAAUCUAGACAGCGAUCUAUAAUUUAUUCAAGUGACGAUGAAGAUGACGCACCAGUAGCCCCUCAUACCGCUGUUGAGGAUGAACCAUCAUUGUUCACAGGGGACACUCUUUUUAUAGGAGGUUGCGGAAAGUACUUUGAAGGCGAUGCGGUUGAUAUGUACAGUGUCAUCGAGAAAUUGAGACCGCUGCUAACCGCGCAGACCCUAGUUUGGCCCGGACACGAAUAUGCAGAAGCCAACCUCGCUUUUGCUCGCGAGCUUGAAACAGGCAAUAUGACCCUGCAGCUCAAACAUCAAGAAGCAAAAGAUGCCACUUACCAUCGGUACGCGACGGUUCCCUCCACCUGGAGCGACGAAUCUUCGUAUAAUCCAUACCUCAGAAUCGAUACCCGUGCAAGAAGGGGCGAACUGUGGCGGAACGUGCUGCGAGUGGCCGAGUAUAAAGAUAGGAAACGUGUAGAAGCCUCAGUACGGGAGAAAUUAGGCGACACGACCGAAAAUGAAGUGGCAGUCGUCAUUGGUUUAUUGAGGAUUUUAAAAGAUGGGUGGAAAGGACCUUCUACAUAGAGAGCAUUUGUAAAAAAAACACAUUGACACUCAAACGUUA